AUGCGUCAAAAGCGGGCUAAGACAUACCGCAAACUUAUGCAUCUGUAUUCCAUGUCUUUUGGAUUCAGACAGCCUUACCAAAUUCUCGUUGACUCAGAAAUGUGCCAAUUAGCUAUAGAUGCCAAGCUGGAUCUAAUCAAACAGUUUUCUAAUGUACUCCACGGAGAUGUGAAACCAAUGAUCACGCAAUGCUGUAUGCACGAGCUGUAUCUCCAAGGAAAAGUGCGGCAACCUGCCGUCGACCUCGCAAAAACGUUUGAACGCCGCAAAUGCAACCAUCGAGAGGCUAUCACCGGAGACGCAUGCCUAUCGAGCGUAGUAGGGGACGCUAACAAGCACCGGUAUGUUGUCGCUACGCAAUCGCAAUCCCUGCGCGAUGGACUGCGCAUCAUACCUGCGGUACCUGUAAUUCACAUAAAUCGUGCAGUCAUGAUACUCGAGCCACCGAGCGAAGCUACGCUAAAAGCCAAGGAGUUGACUGAAGAACAAUCCCUUCGUCCAUCUGCCCCAGAGCUUGCGACCGUACCCCGAGAUAAAGCAGUGCCAAAGAAGAGGAAGGGUCCAAAGGGGCCCAAUCCCCUGAGCGUCAAGAAGAAAAAG